GAGAAGUAUGACAAGGAAGCACCUGUAAGAAAUCUUUGUUCACUUUCUGUUCAACGUUUAUGUGACAUUCAGCAAGAUGUUAAAUCUCCAAAAAAGCUGGCCAGAUGAUAGAUUAUAAAAUUCACCGAGAUUGUAUCUUUUACCAAAGGGUAGCAAACCAAGUGCAGAUUACCAUAAGCCUCACAAAAGGAACAGUAACCCUUUUGUCUUCCAAAUUUUUUGCGGGAAAUUUGAAGCACGACAUUAAAUGAAGAUUAGGACGGCGAGGAGCGACUUGUUUACUUACGUUGGAUGUUAAGUGGGAAAGCCGUGUUACCUUGCAAAAGUUCUGGAAUUUUUGACAGGAAUGGAAGGAUGGCCAACUCAUUAAAUGGCGAAUUUGGUGAAGAUGUUGUCGAGAGUGAUGCUGAAAGUUUUGACGAAUCCGAUGGAGAAGUUCUUCUCAGAUCGGUAUUCGAAUCAUGUGACAUGAAUAACAAUGGCAAAGUCAAAGUAUCUACGCUACUUGAUCAUUUACUCAAAGAGGCAGCUGCAGAGGACAACCCAAAGAUACUCGGUUACCUUGAUGAGUUGGCAGUCAUCUUAGACCCGUCAGGAAAGGACAUUACCGUUGACAAGGAGAUGUACAACACUGGAAUUCGCCGUUGGAUCCACAAUGUUCAGUCUAGAAGGUUACUAUCUACGCUACUUGAUCAUUUACUCAAAGAGGCAGCUGCAGAGGACAACCCAAAGAUACUCGGUUACCUUGAUGAGUUGGCAGUCAUCUUAGACCCGUCAGGAAAGGACAUUACCGUUGACAAGGAGAUGUACAACACUGGAAUUCGCCGUUGGAUCCACAAUGUUCAGUCUAGAAGCUCACUACAAGAUUUUAACGAUGAAGAAAGCGCCCAUUUGAGGGGUGUUGAGGAAGAAGAAAGUCUCGGGGUCGUUUACCGAGGACGCGGCGAAGGCGAUCAAAAUUUGAAUGCAUUGAGCAAUGGUUAUGCAGAGAACUCGUUAGAAAGUAGAAGCUUUUACAGUUCAGAAUCGAGCGGCGAGUGGCAAUUACUGGAGAAAUCGCAGUCUGAAAUUCUUGGACGAAUUCAAGACUUGCAAACCACCAACAGAAAAUUGGUUGAUGAGAAAACCAAGUUACGUGCGCAGGUUGAUACCUCGGAGGAAGCCAAUUCAAUUUUGUUGCAAGAAAUUGCCGAGCUAAGAAAUAAAUUGAGCAGGUAUGACCAACUGGUUGAGAAAAAUAAAUCAUUAGAGCAAGAUUUUGAAGCGAUCAAAAAUAAGAUGAAUGAAUACCGGACCAGAAAAGACGAGUUAACCUCACGGACGAGUCAGUUGGAGAAAGAGAAUAAUAUUCUUCAAAGCACAAUCGAAGAUUAUCAAAAAGUGGAUCUUGCUAAGAAUGCUGCAUUGGAAGCUGUACGAGAAGAGAACCGUGAAUUGAUGCAAAAACUUAACGAACAAAAGCAAUUAUAUGUUGAUUUGGAAGUUCUUCAGGAUCUAAAACAAAAGAUUGUUGACGAAUCAUCGAGUAAAUCAGAGUAUAUGACGUCAUUUAUUGCUGAGUUGUCAAUGGCCAACGAGGCUCUGAAGGCAGAAAAGAAUCGCCUGGAGGUUGACCUCCUUGAAUCAAAACAUGAAAUUAGCAAACUCACAGCAAUGCGGUCACCGUCAAGUAUGGGUUCCAGAGAGCCAAUCUACGCAAGCACACCAUUUAACAGAGAUGCACCUGUCACUUUGCAGCAGGAAAUGCGAUCAGAGCUUGCUUCAAACAACUUAUCAACAACAUCAAGGGAAUGUUCCGGACGUCUUAGUUUUGCUGACAGUACCGGCUCCCGGAACUUUACGCACGAAAGUGACCAAUCAAAUGCCUCUGGCUCCACCGCAGCGUCGUCAGACAAGUACUCAUCAGUUGCGCAGCAAAUAGCUCUGAACUUCAAGAAGAAGAAAGAUCUGGCCUUAAAACAAAUCGCAGAAUUGGCUGCAGUCGAUCCAAGCUCGGACCAAGAAACCCAUCCAAAUGUUUUGAUCAAGAAAUGGGAAGAAGGUUUAGAUUCGUUCACGAGCGAGAUUGAAGGAUUGGCAGUUGCCAAGCAACAGGCGGAAAGGAGAUCUGCAAAGCUUCUUGUUUCCCUGGAAAAAGUUAGAGCUGAAAACAAAAAGCUGACAGAAAGCCGAGAGAAGGCAUUGCAGAAGAUUGGAGAUAUAUCGAUAUCAGGGGAAGAAAUGGAGCAAAGAGUUAACGAAUUGAUUGAGGAUAUUCAGAAAGAGAAGGCUAUUGUCGAAGAACUGAGGACAGAAAAAGAAAAAUUAACGAUAGAGCUUGAAGAGGAGCAAGAAAAGAAUCAGGCCUUGCAGGAAGAGCUACAUAAACUGAAGAAGACAGAGACGUUUUGUGAAAAGGAUGACGACGUUGAUGCUAAAAACGAGGCUGUACAACGGAUAAAGGACCUAACCGACUUGGUUGCAAAUCUAGAAGCAAGAGAUCGCGAACACAUGCGAAAGGUUUUUGAGCUUGAAGAUACUGUAGAAGUGAAGGAAAACACACUACAAAAACGCAACGAUGAAAUAAAGAGACUCGAGAAUUCAUUGUCUGAAACUGUGGCAAAACACGAAAACAGUCUACGCGAUAUUCUAGAGAUGUUUCCAGUUCCAGGCGAUUUGCUGCCAGAAUCUGAGCUGCCUAGUCAACCAGCAGAGUUUCUCAAAGAAAAAUUCGAGCGGUGUAUGGCUGCCAUAAAACUAAAGCUACAAAACAUGAGUGUCCGAGAUGGGCCUAUUGGAAGCGAGGGCAAUGAUGCCCCUAGCUCAUUGUUUAGCGAAAAUAUUGGAAACCAGCCGUUUCCCAACACUCACUUCGAGCUGGGAUCGAAAAUCUCGAAAGAACUGCAUGCCCACGUGGUCCAGAAAGCUAGCGUGUGUGCUGCAUGUCAGACGGACUUGGGUAUGCGCGAAGUAGAAGAAGCGAUUCAUGCAGUUACAAUGUUGAAAGCUUUGCAGGAGAUAGACGAUGCGACGGCUUCUAGCGACGAUUGUUUCGGAGCGCAUAACGAAUUGCAUGAACUUGAGAAAAACUCACACGCGGCUGAAAAUUUAACAGAAACUAACAGAGAUACAGAUCCGAUUGAAGAGAUACACGAGUCACCAGGAGAGGUUGAUUCGAUUGAAAAUCGAAACAAUAGUAAAUCAGAUGAUGUUUUAAAAGAUCAACAGAUCGCCAAAGAGAAUAGUCCGUGCAGAAUACCGGGAUUGAAGGUGAAUCAUAUUGCAGAGCAAGACAAACAAUUAGGAGAUAUAGAUAUUUUAGACCAGUUAAUCUUUGGUAAACCAAAAGAACAAUCUGUUGUGAGUGGUAUGAGAGGAAUUGUUGAUGGUUCGUAUGAGAGGUGCUCACCAAAGCUUUUUGAAGUCGAAUCAAAAACUGUUGAAAAGGUCGACAACACAAGUGAGGAACAUAGGACUACCAAGGAGAAACGGUCUCGCAAUUUACUGAUAAGAAGCGAUAGUGUAUCGACUGACGAAUCGAACACUAGCGAUGAAAUGGGGAUAGAAACCCUAGAUUUUGAGCGCAAAGUUUCGACAAAAAGCGAGGUCUCUGAAGCUGUAUCGGAGAGCUCAACAGCUUCCUUAGGGUCUAAAAGAGCGCGCAGAAUCGGGGUGUCGGCUGAACCAGUCAGACUGCCUACGUGGACGGAGCUAAGGGAAUCAAUUAAACUCAACCAGCAAAUAUUUUUGGAAGAGGAGAUGAACCAAGAGACUGAAGGACUGACGAGAACCCCCCGAAAUUCAAUAGAGGGUGUGUAUGACGUAAAAGUAAGUGAUAGCACGAACAAUAACAUAAAUAUGGAUGGCUACGAUAUCACCAAAGAAAGGGAUACUGCACUGGAUGCUGCUGAUGCUGCUAAUACCUCAAUGGAAUGGUGGUAUGAAGUGCCAAAAGACCAACAGGAGCAAGGUGUUGAUUCCUCUGCGACACAACCAAAUGAAGGAAGUGUUUCAAUGGAUUUGCCGCGGACUAAAAUCUCUACCAGUAGCUCAGUUCAUUCAAAUUCCGGAGAGUCCUAUCAAACACUUAGGUCAAAUGAAUCCAAAGAGUCAAAGGCAGGAAUCGUGGAAGAGUCUACUGCAAAGCGUUCUAGCAAGUUAGGAGAUUCUGUGGAGGAGGAAAAGGGAGGUGGCUCCAGCCCAGACAACAGGGGCCUAUUGAACUCUUCAAGUAAGAGCUCAAAACUGAUGCACGAGGAGCAACACCCACAUAUGUCAAAUUUGGAAAAGGACCUAGAGAAAAAAUACAAUGCAGCAGUUUUAUCGUUCAAAACUGAUCAAUACACACUUCAAAGGAGACUCGAAAAUCAGGAGAGGGCAAGAGAUGUGGCUGAAAGCGGAAUGGAGAGAGAAAUUCGAAAGCUGCACGAAAGUCUACAGGUGGCGUCGAAAGUUGCAAUGACGUUUGAAUUAAAGGAAAUCAUAACGAAUCUAGAAAGACACAUUGACGUUCUAAGAAAAGCUGGAAUGAAGGUCUCCGCCCAAGCUGAGCAGCACGGAUGUUUUCAACAAGAAUCAAAAGUAGCACCCACCCUCGAGUGUCUUAUCAGCUAUGCAGAGCAUCUCCAACUGCGCUUAGAAAGAUCAAAGGAAGCCGAUGACAGUCGAAACAAGGAACUGGUAUUGGAGUCUCAAUAUUCAAUAGGAAAUGAUGCAAAUCACGUGAAACAGAAGUACGGUUAUUGUGAAAAAUGUCGAGGGGCACUUACAUUUGAGGAAAGCAAUAGAAAUGGAUCAGACUUUUCAAAAGAGGAGAAAAGCAAGAAAUCGAGUUCUUCGACCUUUUUCGGCCUUGCUUCAUCCAUACUACGGGAAAGGAAAAAUGAUUUGCAUAAGAAGUCAAGCGAAGUUUCGGAAGUUCUUUUUCAAGAUAACGAAGAUAUCAGCAAAACUCCUAACUCUGUCAACUUUGCUCCAAAUGAAAAAGAGCCAGAGACAACAGCUCCUUUGAGGGCGCAAAAGUCGAGGGGCUCAUAUUGUGAAUGUGUUGGAACAAUUUUACGAUUCAUAUUGUCGGUCGCAAUCAUGUCGGCAAUGCUGCUUGUUUUUGCGAAAUACGUCGAAGUCGAUCUGCCUCUUGUAAACAAGAACUGGAAUGACAAACUGAUUAUGUAUGGAAAGAGAUUCUUCGGGAGCAGCAACAACAACGCAGUUUGAUGAAGAUAUACCUAUAUAGGUUUGUCAUAGCCUAUAUUCCUGUGGGAAUAUCUAUCGAAAAAAUGUUUGGGACACAGGUAAACAAUGUCACUGCUUUGAUAUUUGGGGAGGUGAAAUGCUUCAUCAAGAUGGCUUUUGCAAGGGAACUGCAAGCAUCCAUUUGUUCUUCUGUGGGUUUUCAACGUUUAUAUAGUUUGCUGCAAACUUCAAGUGUAAAUUCUGAUCUUUUAUUGUUCUAAAGAAAAAAUUCACUACUAAGGAACUAAUGGAUUGCAAUUAUCGGGAUUGUGCAUUGCAACAGAGAAUGGAUAAACUUUUCAUCACUAAGAAACAUUGUUCAGAAUUUAUGGACACAAAGAUGUUAGUUACAUUUUAAUCUGGGAACUUUUUCAACAAAAUGUACAGAACCUUUGGGGUUGAAUAUAAAAUGUUGCCUGAUCUGGCACUUGAGCAAAAUCAACUUGAAGAGAAUCUAGCUUCGGAUAAGAAUGAAGCAAAUAGCAAUGCCUAAAGAAUGAGGUGGUAGAAAAUCAGUUGAUUUAAGUGCUAGCUUCAAUGAGCUUUUUAAAAAACGUUGAAAGCCAGUUUUUCAAUUUUGUAAAAACCUGGCUCGUCUAAUUUAUGUGACUUUAAUGUAAAGGAGUUUAACUGAGUUUUUUCCAGUAGACACUGAUCAUUCUAUUUCUUUGACCUGCAUUUCUACAGCCCGUGAUGUACCUGCCCCUCCACCCACAGACAGUCACAGUCAGACAAUUUCAAUGUUCCCAUUUUUCUUCGAAGCUUUUGUUAUACGAAAUGACCAUUCUCCAGCUGUUUUGAUUGUUUCGCCUAACCAUUCGAUGUCAUCUACCCAAAGUUGGUUGACAAGAGAUCCAAGUUCGAGCUCUGUUUCAUUGUAUUAUUGUACACACACCACCUUUCUGAUAAAACCACCUGGUCUAGAACAUCUUUCAAAAUAGUUUGGUUUGGUUAAACAAGAAAUUCUAAAGAUUAACAUAACUUUAUUGUCUUUCACAUAUCCAUGUUGGUAUGUUAGAGUGUUUGAGAAAAGCAUUUGCAUCAUUUAUAAGACAUUUAAAAGGCAUUUGCAUCAGGCGUCAUAAUCAUAAUCAUAAUCACCAACACCUUUAUCAUAAGCACUAGCAUCAAUUAUUACCUUGGCUCGUUCCCGGAACAAGGUCUAAUUUUAAGUACGAAAGGGUUCUUUAAAACUUGAAAUGACUAAGCAAACGGGCAUGGUUGAUUGAAAAUACCCUCGGAUAUUUGCAAAAGAGUUGCUAAACUAUCAAUAUGGAUAUUCUUUAUUGAGUAAUGAUGUGAAUUGUCUAGUGGCUGCUCCUUCGUGUAUUUUAUUCGAUACAUAUUUAUAUCUUCGUCAAUCUACCAUUUUAAAGGUUUUCUGGAUUGCUCUCCAAGAUUAUCAAGCUUUAGAAAAACUUUUUUCAGUGCAAAAUGCAAUUCUAAAUUUCUUUGGAUAAGGUUUCGUGAUAGUCAAUGAGUGUACAUUUUUGUUUAUGAAACGUUGUUGUUUAAAUUAUUGAGUUUGUGAUGUAAUUAACAAACAAAUCAUUAUAACUUAUUAUGAUUCUGUUACAUGAUUAAUUUAGACAUUGUUGAUAUUCAGAGAUUAUUAAAUUAUUAAUAUGAAAUCAAGUUUCAAAAACGUGGAAAUGCGAUUUGAUCGCGGGAUCUGCUGCGUCUUCUGCGCGAUCCUAAUUCAUACACAAUGUAUGCAAACUCAGCAUCUUACAUGCAUCCUUUGCAAUCAUAACUCCAUGCAACCAGUGUUGCCUACCAGGCUGGUUUAAAAGAAGCGAAACAUAGAAAGCAACGCUCUUGAAAAGACACUCAUGAUAAAUAUAUAUAGUUAACAAUAAAUAAAUGAUCAUUACCCUUUAUAACCGCGGAAAUUAACCCCUUGAUGUCACGUGAAUCUUACAUACACAUUUUCAAUCUUGGGGGCUUUAGGAUCCCCGCCUCCAAGCCACCACGUCUCUGUUAAACCACAAAGUCAUGUAUUGCGGUCAGUUCUUGAGAUACGCCAUGGUUACGUAGUUCUCUUGAAUCCCGCUAUCACGAAACGAGCUUCUUACAAUCUUCCCACUAUUACGAGCUAGAAGUAUAGAGCCUAUGGGAUUUGACUUUAUGAUUCUAUCGUAAAGAACCCCUUCCGAACGAAUCCCCCGGUAUAGCUUUCUUUCGCUAUUACAAACUUUUUGGUCGCCGGGCAACACAUGCCCUCUAUAUAACAGUGUUUAAGGAAAAGUCAUUAGCCAGUUAUCAAGCAUUAGCCAAUGAAGUUGAAGAGCAAAGAUCACGAAAUGAGUAUUUGAUAUCAAAUGAACGAGUACAUAGACAACGAUUAUGCAUUGCUCACUUUGAGCAUUUCAACUUACAGAGGAAAAGAUAACAGUCAAGAUAUCGGAUACUUAAGAGGAGGGUGACCAGGGAUGGAUUAAAGCGGCAAGGAUGGAGGGG